CCACCAAACUAGGGGUGUGUCAAAUGGCUCUCAGCGCUGUGUGAUAAACCUAGUGGAUAUUUCUAUUUUUAACACGCGGUGCACUGCCCUGUCAACUUGUACGCUGGGGCUGGAGCCGAGUGUUCAUCCAAGCCAGUUGUCACAGCAAGAGACUGUUUGGUGGGCACCAAAGCAGAGUCUCUCUUUCUCGUUCUCUCUCUUUAACAAGCUGGAUUUUACCUGUUGACCAGAGGACUAUUGGGAGUGUAUUGGAGUCAAGAAACAUGCGCUGAAAUAGCCAUUGUUGGAUUUUUGGAUGUGGGGACGGGCUGGAUAAGGCAAAGUGUGGGUGUUGAAGUGGAGGGGAGAGACUGCUGCCGGGGUCCAGUGUUGACUUUUCCCCGUGUUGGACUCGUGGACGUGAGCAAGAAUGUCUUGGGAAGGUGACCCCUCCACCACAACAAUCAGCACUGUCGCUGUGCAGGCUGGCGACUCCCAGCUAGUUAUUACAGUACUGAAGUGUGGCACGCUCAUGGAGCUGCAGCUGACGGAGGCCAAGCCCAACCUGCUGGAGAUCGGCGCCAACCAGGAGGAGACCAAGAAACUCCUCGCGGAGCACGAGCAGCUCCUCGCCAAGCUCAAGAAACAUGAGGAAGGCGUGUGGGCUCUGCUGGCCAAGGCAGACAGGACGGCAGAGGAGAAGGCUGGGGAGGAGGUGGUGUACGGGGCCAUGGCAGACACCCUUAGCGACGCCUGGUGGACUCUCGUCACCCACUUGGAGAGGCGCAGGUCGCUCCUCCAGCUCGCCUCCGAGUUCUUUGACAGGGCCCUGGAGUUUGCCAUCAAAAUCGACGAGGCCGAGGAUUUCCAACGCGUCGGCCAGGAGGUCGCGGACGCCGCCUCGCUCACCAGGCUCCUCCAGAGACACAGUGACAUUAAGCGAGGUCUUUUGGAAAAGUCCAUGCUGGUCUUGAACAAGAGUCGCGAGUUGCUGGACUACCUGAGUGACUUCCAGGUGGACGAGGCCCUGCGCUUCUCCGACGCGCUGUACGGAGCCCGGUCCAGCUGCAGCAAGGUGGAGUAUCUGAUGGAGCUGCUGCAGGACCGGCGCCGGCAGGUGGACCUGCACAUGAGGCGGCAGCGGCACAGGCUGGAGGUCAUCCAGAAUAUAUGCCAGUGGGAGCAGCAGGAACAGGAAGUUACGCACUGGUUCAAGGAAAAUGCAGAUUUAUACUUGGAGAACGAUCAGCUCGGUUCCUCUCUGUCAGAGAGUGAGGACCUGCUGCAGGAAUACAGAAAGUUUGAGCAGAAAGCCAAGGACUGGGGCCUGCUGGUGGAGAAGCUCCUCGCUCGAGCGUCUGAGAUGCGGGCGGCCCAGGAGGAGGAGGAGGAGAAGGCGGAGCAGGAGGUGGAGGGCGAAGGAGGAGACGAGUGCCCGGAGAUGGAGCGCGUGGCGGAGAAGAGCCGGGCGCUGCGGGCGCUGCACGACCGCUUCUGGAGCCUGAUGAUGGGCCGCCUGGCGCGCCUCCAGGAGGGGCGGGCGUUCUUCAGCAGCACUAACGAGGCAUUCGAGGCGCUGGGGACCAUAGAGAGCCGCAUGAAGAGCUUGAAGAGCCAGUCUCUGACGUUCUCAGAAAUGGCCAAGAGGCACGAGGAGCUGCAUCGCAGCAUCAAAGAGGCCACAGCAGACCCCCUUCAGAGAGGCCAGCUCAUCCUGCAGAAGGCUACGCCAAACAGCCCGCAAGUGUCAGAGGUGCAAAGGAUGCUGGGAUUCAUCAAAGAAAGGAUGGAGGCUCUGAACCAAGACUGUAGUGCCCACAGAGAGCUGGCAACAAAGAGACAGCAGUUGGUGUCCUCAUUUGAAGACCAUAUGGAUAAGAUCUCAGCAUGGAUUAAGAAUGCCAACACUACCCUCUCUAGCAAUACCCAUCCUGGGGAUUCACUCUCCCAGGCCGAAGAUAUUCUCAACAAGCACGUAGAGCUUUGCUCUCAGACAGCGAAUAUCACGGGCGAAUCAGAGGCCAUCGGCGAGCUCACCAAGGAGCUGAAAGCCCUGGAGUGUCAGGAGGGGGUGGAGUUCUCCAACAAAGCGUCGCUCUUGACGGAGGAGUUGAAGACCGUCACAAGGAACAUACUGGCCCGCGUGGAGACCCUUAGACCUUACGUGGGGUUCCUGCACUUGGCACAGGAGGUUGAGCAGCAGAUCAAGCAUUUGCUGGAGUCCUUCAAGACAAAGCCCAUCGAGGAGGAGGAGAAUGAGGAGGCUGCUGUGGCACUGAAGGAAAUGGCUGAUGCUAAAUGGCAGUCACUGCUGGAGAGAUUUCUCACCAUGCAGGACCUUGGGAACAAUUUCAUCAAUUCCUCGAACAUGGUGAGUGAGAAGCUGGAUCUGAACGUGAAGGCUGCGGUGGGUGUGGUGGAGAGGACCAUGGAGGCCCUGAGUAAGAAGAAGGCUGACCUGUCCGAGGUGUGGACCUCCUGGCAGAUCCAAGUCAGCCAAAUGAAGUCUGUGAAGAAGCAGUGGAAGAAGUUCAAAGAGCAGAUCAAAAAGGUAGUUCAUGACCUUCGAGCUCUGGAGGAGGUCCUCGCUCCUGCAUCCCAGGUCGAUUUGGGGAGUGAUCUGUUUUCCGUGGCCAAGCUGCAGGAAAACUUCCACUCAGCCAAACCGCAGUUUCUGCAACUGAAUGCGGAGGUGGAGUACCUGGUGAAGACGUCUGAACUGCUGGCUCUGAAAGGGAUCCCCGCCAAGGAGAAGAGCGAGCGAGUCACCGAGCUGCUUCAGCUGCACCAGCGGGUGAAAGACAAAAUCAAGGAGUACGAAAGCGUCCUCAGCAUGGCAGUUAAAUUCCAUCAGCUCUACAAAGAGCUGGAUGGCCUGCUGAUGGCGGAGCCGGUGACGGUUUUUAGCGACACCAGCCAGGCCAGGAUCCAGCUGUCCCAGCACCAGGAGCGCCAGAGCCACUUCAGGCACUUGCACAAACUUGCCAUCUCGCUGGGGGCCGACAUUACCACCACGGUGCGGCAGUCGCAUGCCCUGGGGUUCUCGGUGGUGCGCCUGCAAGAGAAGCUGGGUCGUCUGGAGCGGAGCGGCGUGAGCUGGAACGCCGAGGCCAGCAGGAGUGAGGAGAGCCUGAUGAGCAACGUGCACUACUGCGCCUUCAAGGAGGAGAUCAGCGAGCUGAGGGAAUCUUUCAAAGAUCUCAAGAAGAAGUUCAACAACAUGAAGUUUAAUUACAUGAAGAAAAAUGACAAAUCAAGAAACCUGAAGGCAGUCAAAAAUCAAAUACAACAAAUUGAAAUAUACAUUGAGAAACUCCAGGUCCUGAAGAAGAAGAUGCAGACAUUCACUGUGAAGGUGUCCACUGGCUCUGAGAAGCAUCUGAUUGGCAGCAGCCCCAGAGAGAUGGAGGAUGCCGUGAAUGAGCUGCAGAGACAGCUGGGCGACUUUGACAGGACGGUGGAGGAGUACAAGCAGAACCUGGACAUGACUGUUAAACUGCAGCAGGCAGUAGAGGAGUACCAGUUCUGGUGUGACGAGGCAAGUGCCACCAUUAUCCGAGUGGGGAAGUAUUCCUCCCAGUGCAAAAGCAAAGAAGCAGUGAGCGUGCUCUACAAGCAGUUUGAGAAGUACGUCUGGCCCACCGUACCCCAGCAGGAGGAGAGAAUUAGCCAGAUCACAGAGCUGGCUAUCCGCUUGCAUGGACCCGACGAAGGAAAAAAGUAUGUUGACAAGACGGUUUCCAAGCACAAUGAGAUUGUGGAGUCCAUAAAGGAAUUGUGUAAUGGGCUGAUAGACCUGGAGAAUAAACUGGAGGCCGAGGCUUCAAAGGAAUCACCUGACAUAAUGGCGCAUGACAUCCCUAUACAAGUGGAACAAUCAAAGAAAAUACCAGAGAAUAACAAGUCACAGCAACAGCAAGACUCUAUUGAUGUGGAACAGUCUGAGCCAAAAGAAACUGGACACACACCCGAGAUCACCACGCCGGGACAUGACAAAGACAAAGACAAAGACGCUCCUCCAAGUAAGAAACCAGAGGUCAAAAGGCCUCAUCUCCGCAAGAGCAGAAGCCAGGACCUGCCGGACAAAACGCCCCCGGCACAGAGCAAGGUGCUGUCCGAGACCAGGACCUACACUCAGGAGAACUACUCGGCGACCAGCCGAGUGGAGACCAUCACAGGGAAGUCCACCGUGGAGCGCAAAGAGCAGCACCACUCGUCGGUCACCCACAAGCACACGUUCAACGUGUCCAGGUCACCAGUGGACCGCGACAGGAAGGUCCACAUCCUCAGCCGAUCGCGGAGCAACUCUCAGGAGACCCCUCCCCCGAGCGCUCCAACAGCCCCCAGCUUCUCAGACAUCCAGAGAGAGUUCCAGAUCCCCAGGAAAGACAGGAUGGGGCCGGCCCAGAGGACCUCACAUGAAGGUGGCCACACAGGCUCACAGGUUUGUCAGUUUGGACCCGUUUUUAUUUAGAGUGUGUGUGUGUGUGUGUGUGUGUGUGUGUGUGUGUAUGUGUGUAUGUGUCUUUUCUACAUAUUUUUUAAAUAAUGAGAAAUAAGUAAAAUGGCUUGCCAGGGGUGUGUUUCCUCAAAGCGACAUUGAGUGACCACUGUGGCGUGGGGGUAAGGCAUUCAAAAUGGAUCCAUCUCUGUCAUUUGAUGGUCGUAGUUGUUCAACAAAGCUUUCAGGAAACACACUCCAGUUUGGAUGCAUUGAAGCGUUUGUGCACAGGAGGUAAGUACUCAAAGUGUUGAUUUCUGUGUGAGGGUGUCAGCAUAAGUUUUAUGUUCUUCAUGUGUGUAUGUGUGUGGGGCUGCACCAUGUUUGUCCCUGUGUGUGGUUAUCUACUCCUAACAG